AUAUCUCUUACACUAAAAUGGGAGAUACACAAGACGAAAAAAGUAAAAAUCCAUAUGUUUCUUGGUCCACUCAAGAAACCAAAACAUUGUUGUGUUUGUUGGUCGAUGGCGUCAAUCAGAACUGGACAGAUGGGAACAAUUUAUUCAAUAAACUUACCGUGGAGGAAAGAAUACUACUGGAGCUAAACAAACUCUGUGGAUCUAUGAAAACUUAUCUCCAAUACAAAAAUAGAACAAAGAUUCUCAGAGGUAGGUACAAGAGUUUUGCAGAUCUGCUACGCUUUAGUUCAAGAUUUGGUUGGGAUCCAGAGACGAAGAAAUUCACUGUUCCACAUGAAAUAUGGGAAGAAUAUUUCAAGGGCCAUCCAAAAGAUAAACAUUUAUGUGACGAUACAUUUGAAGAUUUUGAGGACCUACACACGAUCUAUGGACAAAAUAUAACAACAGGAAAGAAUGCACUCGUGUUAGGUGAUACGACGGAUGCUCGUACUUAUGGAGAGAGAGAUAAUGAAUGGGAAUACCAAGGUGUAUCUACUCCUCAAAGGGUGGGUGAUGAUGCUGGUGGUGAUGAGGAUGGUGAUAAUGAUGAAAUAGAACCAGUUAUAUCAUCUUUGUUACGUAGGAAUACGAACAAAAAGCUUCCUAUAAGAAAGAAAGCUAGGACUGGGAGAUACAAUGUGGAGAAGAUUUCUGAUGAGAUCAGUGCAGUCACCGGAAUGAACAACCAGAUGUUUAGUACGAGAGAGCAC